UCGGCACCAGUUCCUCUUCCCCGUGAGCAGAGCUGGGUGCAGAGCGAGAGGAGCGCCAGGCAUCACAGUGGAUCGGAAUCCGGGGAGGCUCGGACCCUCUGACCCCCACGUCCGGGUGAGCCACCACGCCGCCGGCAACUUCUAGCACGACAGAGGCCAAGGGCGGGCAGUAGGACCAGAAAGGCUGCCUGAAUGGGGGACGCCCUGCUGUGGGCGCUGUUGUUGCCGUUGCUGCUGCCCCAGGCAGGCAGCCAGACAUGCAGCGUGUUCCCGGGGAACGUGAGCUGGGCCGAGGAAUACCAUGACAGAUGCCUCAACUUCAGCGGUCGCAUCCUGAGCCAGCUACCUCAGAACCAGUCUCUGCAGGCCAGAUUCGUGCAGUUCCUCGAUCUGUCUGCAACCGGCCUUCAGCGGCUCCCGUGGUCCUUCUUCAGUGACCUGCCGCAGCUGCAGUUACUGAUUGUGACCAACAACUCCUUGGACUUCGUGGACAGGGCGCUGGCCAAACGCUGUGACCUCACCCUGCUGGCUGACUGCAGCUGUGCCCUGGUAGACUGGCACAAGGACUGGCAGGGCAACUGCUCUGGCCCAGAGCCUCCGGAGUGCCUGGAUGUGCCCACCGGUGCCUGGCACAACCUCUCUGUCUUCUUGGAAGUGAGCUGUCCCUCUGGCCUGACCAAGGCAACCAUCGGAGCACUGGCGGCCAGUGGAGGCCUGCUCCUUGUGCUUGCCGUUGCUGGCCCGGUGCUGGCCUGGAGACUCUGUAGACGUCGGAUGGGCCAGAACCUGAGCAAAACGUGGGCUGCUCAGGACGGCUCCAGGUCUGGCUCGGGCCGGCAGCCGAGGUACAGUAGCCAAGCCCGCAGGCCUAAGCCCCCAGCCAACACCCCGCCCGGAUCUUUCACUUCUGACUACGAGAACAUGUUCGUGGGCCCACCGGCUGCCAGACACCAGUGGGAUGAACACAGGUCUCCCCCUUCGGAGGGCAGCGACUUCUACAUGAGCUACGAGAGCCUCGAGCACGAAUCCCAGCCUGUCUAUUGCAACCUUCAGUCGCUGGGCCGGGUCCCCUUGGAUGACGAGGAAUACGUGUUCCCCGGGCGCUGAGCAGCAUCGUCACCAUCUCAAACUCCAGCCUGGCCCCUUCCAGGUGACGGGGCAUUCUUCAGUCCUCCUGUCUGAGGACUGGGACCAGGGGAGGGUCAUCCUUGAGGCUCUGAAGCCCCAUCCCUAGCCCACUCUGCCCCCCAGGCCACUUGGCUGCUAGAAGAGGAGGAGAGACCCCAACAUGGACGGGGACGGGAGAGUCAAUGUGUGAACGCUGCUGGCAUCCCCUGUCAGUGUGCAAGCAUUGCCCAAAUAAAUUCUACAGGACAGAC